AAAUUCUCCAAAGCGCUCUACCCUUGCUCUCGGAAGUGCCCCACAUGUGGGGCCGCACAGAAGCCAAUCCUCAUCUCGCGUCCGCUCGUGGAGUACAGCACGUCAACUGCAGCUCUUAACUACGCCACGCAACUUACGGACUAGGCAUACAACAUGCGACCUCGGGCCAUCGACGGUGGUGGUUUGACAGUUGAGGGAAACAAUCCGACAAAUGUACUGGGUUCGACGGUCAGCAUGACUGAUAAGCUGCCUAGCUUUCAUCAGCGCCGGCUGCAGUGAUUCCAAAACACGCACAGUCGUCUACAAAGAGGUGCCGGUAUUUAUUAAUACUGUAAAGCAGUUUCCAAAGCAGGUAUUGUAUAUGUCUGAAGCGCCAGUCUUUAUAUACCCGCCUCGUCGGCCAUUUCUUCUUUCAUACACACACACCACGUUCUUCUACACCCUAACGAACCACACGACCACAGCGUGCCGCAAUGUCUAAGAUCCUCCACAUGCUUGACCCUCGACACCACUCUCGCCCCUCUUCGCAGGCCCUGGCCUUUACAACGCAAGCAGCCGUGGAAUCUCACAAACAGCCAUCGCAUCCGUCCGGUCCCGUCAACAUUGUCGAGCUCUUCCAAUCCCAAGGAUGCAACUCAUGCCCGCCAACGAAUGAUGCGCUCCUGGACAUCAUCCCGCAACGACCAGACGUGCUCGUGCUGACUUACGACGUGACCUACUGGGAUUAUAUUGGAUGGAAGGAUGUCUUCGGAGACAAAGCCUUCGAUGAGCGACAACGGGCCUACGCCAAUCGCUGGCAAUCCAACCGUGUGUACACCCCUCAAGUCAUCGUAAAUGGGCGCCGGGAGGCGGAGGGGUCCGGACGCGUGAACCAACUCAUCGACCAAGGCAUACGAGCCAAAGAGGCAGGAGGCCAGCAAGUGAGUAUGAGGCUGGAGAGAAAUGAAGUGGUGGUCGCGGGCCCCGAUGGCAGCCGUGGAGAGGUGCUCGCCGUCUUCUACGACCCAAGCGUGCACAACGUGGCCGUAACGCGCGGGGAGAACCGUGGGGCGACGCUACGGCAUCAAAAUGUAGUGCGCAAGGUUGCUCGACUUGACGCCUGGGUGGGCGGAACGCAACGUUAUGCGAUUCCUGACAGCGGCGAGGGCCUGCGUGUGGCGAUCCUUGUUCAGCACGGUGCCGGAGGACGUGUGCUCGCCGCGUUGUCCGUCUAGAACAAAGCAGCGAUUUUGCAAAUACCCCAAUAGAGACCUUCGCGACAUCACGGGGAACUCGUCUUUGAAAUGCGUGAUCAGGCGUGCCGCGGCCGAGCAGCAGC